AUGAGACUGAAUCAUAUAGAGCAUCACAUUGAUCAACAGCUAAUUCUUUCAUCCUUGAUAGCUAAUUCUUAUGACAAUCUUGUCAAAAAUGGUAUAGAAAACGUCACUCCUCAAAGACUUAAUUUACGUCUCACAGCUCUGAAGGAGAACUGGGACAAAUUUCUUGUAGUUCACGAUGCCAUUACCUUAGCUAUUCGAGAGUUAGAGGAAAAUGAUAAAGCUGUCAUUCGCAGUAAUUCAUAUUUUUCUGAAAACUAUUUUUCAAUAACGAAUGAAUAUUACUUAGAAUCUACGGAGCGGAUCAACUCACUACUAGAGUCACAUUCGGAUCGAGGAAGCAUCCCGGGAACAUCUUCAAGGACUUCAUCCUCACAAGUGGUCACCACUUCAUUAUCGUCAUCUGGUCUCCCAACCUUCUUCCAUCAUGCAAGACUUCCUAGAUUAGAUCUCCCUAAAUUUAACGGAACACCCUCCGAUUGGCUGCCAUUUAAAGAUCUAUUCCGCUCGUUAGUUAUAGAUAAUCCAACGCUAUCUCCAGUAGAAAAGCUCCAAUAUUUGAAGACAAGUUUAACCGGUACUGCGGUUCAUAUGUUGAGCAAUACCACUCUAACAGCAGAUAAUUUCUCUAAAGCUUGGGAAUCUCUAAUCUCCUUCUAUGAAAAUAAAAGACUUCUAGUUAACGCAGCUCUGAGUUCUUUAUUCAAUCUAAAACGCAUUACCAGAGAGUCUGCAGCAGAUCUGGAGAAGCUGUAUACCACCGUCACGCAAAUUUAUCGAACAUUGGAAACGCUUGGGAGACCAGUAGAUUCCUGGGAUGACUUUCUAAUCUUUACUGUAAUUCAACGAAUGGACUCUGAGUCAGUCAAAAUGUGGGAACAAUAUGUUGGUUCAUCAAAAGAACUCCCUACAUGGAAGCAAUUUCUUGAAUUCUUCAUCACUCGACUAGUUACUAUACAAAAUUACGAAAAGGCUCGUAUGGGUAAGCUAUUACAUUCGAACCAAAGUUCUGUAAAAUCUCAUUUUCAGGGCAAAUUUAAGGAUGAGAGUUCAAAAUCAUGUCCCUUUUGUUCUGAACCCCAUUGGCCGUACUUUUGCCCGCAGUACAAGUCGAAAUCGUUACAGCAACGAGUCUCUCUUGUAAGGAAACACAAUUUAUGCUAUAAUUGUUUUGGACCACAUAGGGCAGCUAACUGUCGAAUGUCGGUUCAUUGUAAAAAAUGUGCUGGAAGGCAUCACGUUUCACUCCAUCGUGGAAAUUUUGAUACUACCAAGUCUAAGGUGAGCUCGUCUAAAUCUGAAGAAACAGGAAAGUUGGAUAAAUCAUCUGAAGUAGGAAAAACAGUCAAUUCUGAGCUAAAAGGUGGUUCUCAAGUUCUCCAUUCUACUAGACAAGAAAAAGUUAAUAACCACUGCGUUUUAUUGGCUACGGCCCUUGUUUCAGUUACGUCUAGAGAUGGACAAUCUUCGAAAGCAAGAGUUUUAAUCGAUCAAGGAUCGGAAAUCUCUUUAAUCACUGAGCGGCUAGCACAGCGUUUACAGUUGUCUCGGACAAAGUCUCAAAUUCCAUUGAUCGGAAUAGGCGGAAAGAGGUCGAACAAAACAAAAGGAAUGACUUCCUUCCAAUUAAAACCACAUUUUAACUCGUCAUUCGAAUGCUCAGUUUCAGCUCAUAUUCUUCCUAAACUCACAGCUGCAAUACCAUCUGUUUCAACAGAAGAAAAUUCAUGGCCUCACCUAAGUGGAUUACAAUUAGCGGAUCCCGCAUAUUUCUUAGCCUGUAAAAUCGAUAUUAUUCUCGGAGCCGAUGUUUAUGGUCAAAUAUUACAAGAAGGCCUUAUUAAAGGACCACUCGGUUCCCCAGUCGCUCAACUUACUGAAUUAGGCUGGAUCAUUUCUGGUCCUACAAAUCCUUCGGUAAUUCCCACGAGUGCUCACGGACUCCAUGUAUCGGUAGAUGAUGAUCUCUACAAUUUGAUCCAUAAAUUUUGGGAACUUGAUGAAGUCGCUUCAUCGAAAGUUUCGAUUCUUUCGAUCGAAGAACAAGCGUGCGAAGAUCAUUUUGUUUCUACUCACACUCGUAACACGGAAGGGCGAUAUAUAGUUAAACUCCCCUUUAAGAAACCUAUCGAGCAUUUAGGAGAUUCAAAAAAAAAGGCUACUCGAAUGAUGUUUAGAUUGUCUAAUAAAUUUUCGACUGAUUCUGAAUAUGUUAAAUUAUACUCCGAUUUCAUGAAUGAAUAUGAACAGCUUAACCACAUGAGAAUAAUUCCUGAAACCCUUCCCGAACCGCCUCAUGCAUUCUAUCUUCCGCAUCACGGAGUUAAAAGAGAACAAAGCCUUACAACCAAAUUGCGCGUGGUAUUUAAUGGAUCAAGCAUUACUACAUCAGGAUUCUCUCUAAAUGACUUAUUGCAUACAGGAGCUAAAUUACAAAUAGACUUGUUUGAUGUCUUGAUCUGGUUCCGUCAGUUUAGGUAUGUCUUUUCAUCUGAUAUGGAAAAAAUGUAUCGUCAAAUAGAAGUUUAUCAAGACGACUGGAACUUUCAAAGGAUACUUUGGCUUGACUCCUCACUCAAAAUACGUACUUUCCAGUUGACUACAGUUACCUACGGCUUGGUCUGCGCCCCCUUCUUAGCAUUACGAACUAUUCAGCAGUUAAUAAAUGACGAGGGUUCACGCUUUCCUUUAGCAACUCCCUGUUUACAGAAGGGAAGAUACGUAGACGAUCUCUUCGGAGGAGCGGACACUAUCGAAGAGGCUCAGGAUGUUGUCAACCAGUUAAAUCAACUCUGUAUGGCGGGCGGUUUCAAGUUGCAAAAAUGGUCAGCAAACCAUCCAGACAUCCUCUCCUCAAUUCCCAAAGAGAAACAGGUCUCUUCAGUGUCCGUUGAUAUUGAUAACAAUACUGUUGUUUAUGCUCUAGGACUUCGAUGGCAACCAACAGCCGACGUCUUUCAAUUUACGUUCAGCUGUGAAGCUGAUGGGGAGAUUACAAAAAGGAGAGCUCUCUCAACCAUUGCUAAACUAUUUGACCCUCUUGGGUUUUUGUCACCGAUCAUUAUCAACGCAAAAAUCUUUAUUCAGGAACUAUGGGCGAUAAAAUUAGGAUGGGAUGAUCUCUUACCCUCUCACAUCACAGACCGAUGGCGCACCUUUGUGAAAGGUCUGCAAGAAAUACCACGGAUCUCGUUUCCCCGGUGGAUAGGGUUUUCUAAUGAUUGCAACGUAGAGAUCCAUGGAUUCUCUGAUGCAUCACAAAAAGCCAUGGCAGCUGUCGUAUAUGUUCGAGUUACAACCUCUGAAGGAGAAGUAAUUAUAAACUUCGUAGCAUCAAAAACUAAAGUAGCCCCAUUAAAACGUCUUACUAUUCCUAGACUUGAGUUGUGUGGAGCAGUGUUAUUGACUAAGUUAGUUUCCCACCUUCUAACUGUACUGAAUUUAAAAAAUCGGCCAAUCGUCUUAUGGACCGAUUCCUCAAUUACUCACAUCUGGUUAAAUAACCACCCAUCUAAGUGGAAGGAAUUUGUCCAUAACCGAGUUAGUUUCAUUCACGAAACUUUGCCGCAAGCUGAAUGGAAAUUUGUGCCUGGUCAUGAAAACCCAGCCGAUGUCGCUACCAGAGGACUUACGCCUUCUCAACUUUUAAACUACCCAUGUUGGUGGAACGGCCCUCAUUGGCUUUCUCAAGCAAAAUUAUUAUGGCCUCAAUGUCCUCCGUCGUCUUCUCAGGAAGAUAAUCUCGAACAACGCCCUAACAAGGUCCACACAGUUAUAAUCAAUCAAAAAAAGGAGUGGAAUCUCCUCACUAGAUAUUCUAGUUUAUCGAAAUUGUAUCGCAUCACUGCCACUUGUCAACGUGCAGUAGCUCGAUUUCGAAAAGUCCCUUUAUCAUCAUUCUCACCAUCUCUCACAACACAAGAGCUAGAGAGAGCAAAGGUAUUCUGGGUCAAAAUCACUCAACGGACAUUUUUUCCCAACGAGAUUAAGUCUCUCUCUAAAAACCAACCGAUCUCUCGAUCCAGCCCUUUGAUACGUCUAACUCCUUUUUUAGAUUCGUUUGGCCUAAUGAGAAUCGGCGGUCGUCUUCAAAAUUCGCUUCUUAGUGAAGCAGAGAAACAUCCUCUUAUAUUACCGAGAAGGUCAGCACUGACUUCCCUUAUUAUAUCAGAUGCUCAUCAUCGAGCACUGCAUGGAGGCACGCAAGUCACGCUAUCCAUUAUUCGCAAGGAUUAUUGGCUUAUAGGAGGUCGAGCCCCUGUACGUUCAUGGAUUCUCAAAUGCAUCAAAUGCACCCGAUUUCGCCAAAAAAGAGCUCAACAGUUAAUGGGACAACUUCCUAUAGAACGAAUUACACCUUCUCGACCCUUUGCUCAUUCAGGUAUUGAUUAUGCCGGUCCGUUCGUGAUUAAGACAUGGAGAGGAAAAAAUGCCCGCACUUACAAGUCCUAUGUAGCUCUUUUUGUGUGUUUUGCAACAUCAGCUGUCCACUUGGAGCUCGUAACGGAUUACUCCGCAGACGCUUUCAUAGCAGCAUAUAAAAGGUUUGCGUCAAGACGGGGGAUUUGUACCACUCUAUCAAGUGAUUGUGGUACUACGCUCAAGGGAGCGGACGCGGAAUUGCAACGACUUUUUUCUACAGCCACACAAGAGUCCACUAAACUAGCAAGACUUCUUGCUGAUAAUGGAACUCAGUGGAAAUUCAACCCCCCUUCAGCUCCACAUUUUGGAGGAAAGUGGGAAGCAGGAGUUAAGUCAAUGAAACACCAUCUUUUUAGGAUUGUUGGCAAUACCCUUCUUACUUAUGAGGAAAUGAGCACAUUAUUGGCCCAGAUAGAGGCUGUUCUUAAUUCUCGGCCAUUAGGCCCCUUAACGGAAGAUCCAGACGAUCUUCAAGCUCUCACACCAGGGCAUUUUAUUAUGGGUUGUGCGCCAAUCACAAUCCCAGAACCAUCUCUUGAAUUAGUUAAAACUGCCCAUUUAUCACGUUGGCAAUUGAUCCGACAAAUGCUUGAAUCAUUUUGGACUAAAUGGUCGAACGAGUGUCUUCAAAGAUAUUAUUCCAUAUAUAAGUGGAACAAUAAGGUUCCCUCCCUGAAAGUAGGAAUGCUCGUUCUUGUCAUAGACGAACGUUACCCACCAUCAAAAUGGCCUUUAGGACGUAUUAUCGAUACGCAUCCUGGUAAAGACGGCCACACCAGAGUAGUCACAGUCAAAACUCAGAUUUCUAUACUUAAACGCCCUAUUGUAAAGAUAUGCCCUUUGCCUGUUGUGCACGAAACCCUUUGA